CGCCGGGCGGCUCUGCGGCCAGGCUGGGAAGAGGCGGGCGCUCGGCUCGCCAUGGCCGCUGCGGUUUCAGUCUGAGCGGCGUCCACCCCGCGGUCCCGGGCCGCCCGGGCCAUGCGGCCUCCGCCACUGUGGCUGCCGUUGCUGUUGCUCUGUGGGCUCGGCGCCGCGGUGUCUUCUCCAGACUCCUUGUCCCAGCUUGCUGCCCCUAGGAAGCUGAAGCUUCACCUGUACAAUGACGAGCAGAUGCUAAGCUGGGAGCCUUCGCCCUCCAGCAACGACACGAGACCAGUGGUCUACCAGGUGGAGUACAGCUACGUCGAUGGCUCUUGGCAUAGGCUGCGGGAGCCGAACUGUACGGACAUCGCAGAGACGAAAUGUGACUUCACAGGAGGCGGCCGCUUGAAGGUUUUCCCAUACUCAUACACAGUCUUCCUGCGCGUGCGAGCCAGGCUCGGAAAGCACACUUCCCACUGGGUGAAGCUGGAUCCAUUUCAACACUAUGAGAAUGUUACUGUUGGACCUCCAAAAAACAUCUCGGUGACCCCAGGGAAAGGCUCCCUCGUCAUACACUUCUCCCCUCCCUUUGACGUGGUCCAGGAGGCAUCUUUUCAGUAUUUUGUCCACUACUGGGAAAAGACAGAAACCCAAAAGGUUAAAGGCCCUUACAAGAGCAACUCCAUUGUGCUGGAUGAUUUGAAGCCAUUCAGAGUAUAUUGUUUACAAACCAAGGCCCAACUGAUUUUGAAAAACAGAAAUAUCGGACCGCACGGGCUCCUGAGCAAUGUAUCUUGUCACGAAACAACAGCGGAUGCCUCCACCAGCCUGCAGCAAGUCAUCCUGAUCCUUUUUGGCAUCUUCAUGUUGCUGCUGGCACUGACGGGAGCCUGCUUCAUCCUGUUCCUCAGAUACCAAAGCCGGGUGAAAUACUGGUUUCAAGCUCCACCAGACAUCCCAGAACAAAUAAAAGAGUAUUUAAAGGACCCAGAUCAGCUCAUCCUGGAGGCCUUGGACAAGGACGGUUCGCCGAAGGAUGAGGCCUGGGACUCCGUAUCAAUCAUUUCGUCUCCAGAAAAGGAGCAGGAUGAUGUGCUCCAAAUACCCUGAGCCAGGCCACGGUCUCUGCUUACACGGAGGACAGUGAUCAGGGCAGCUUCUAGAGACUGCCACUGCCCCAGGGACAUCUCCUGCGGCUUGGGGGGCGGGGGAGGGGGGAUGGUAUAUUGUUUAGUCUUUAUGAGUUUUCUGGAUCCUGCAAGUAUCUAAAAGGACUCCACAGAAAGGAAUCUCAGGAAAAGAAAGGUUCCUCUCAAACACUAAAAGACAGUCAGUCCCAUCACUGGCAGCCCACGCGGCUACAGGCCUGAGGUUCUUUCUUCAGUGUUAGCUGCUCUGGCCGUCAGAAGACUGGUUCCUCGGCUUCACUCUGGAAAAUGAGUUGUCCCAGGCAUCCCAGCCUGGCACAAAGAGGGGCCCUCGGUGUCCCCUUCAUGCCCAGUGUGAUGACUUAAAUGUGACUACCCUAGGCUCAGGGUUUGCCUAGCAUGUACAAGGCCCACCCCAACACCUCACGCACAUGGAGGUGGUUAAUCUUGUAAAUAAUGUCCUGAUAAUUUAAGUCUUUUUUUUUUAACCUAGAAAUAAAAGAUUGUAUAUUAAACUUUUUUCUAAAAAGUCUAUCUGCUGAGUGGAGGUGCUGCACACCUUUACUCCUGGCUCUUGGGAGGCAGGGGCAGGAGGGUCUCUGUGAGUUUGAGGCCAGCCUGGUCUAGAGUGAGUUCCAGGACAGCCAGGGCUGUGAAGAGAGAUUCUAUCUCUCUAAAUAAUAGAUAGAUAGGUAGACAGACAGACAGACGAUAGGUAGGUAGAUGAUAGAUUGAUGGAUGGAUAGAAUAGAUAGACGGAUGGAUAGAUGGAUGGCUGGAUAGAUGAUAGAUGGAUAGACAGAUGAUAAAUGGAUGGAUAGAUGGAUAGAUGACAGACAGAUGGAUAGAUAGAUAGAUAGUAGGUAGGUAGAUAGAUGAUAGGUAGAUGGUGGAUGGAUAGAUAGACGAUAGGUAGAUGAUAGAUUGAUAGAUGGAUGGAUACAUGGAUGGAUGGAUAAAUGGAUAGAUAAACAUGGAUAGACAGAUAGAUGGAUAGAUAGAUAGGUGGAUGGAUAGUAGAUGGAUAGAUAGAUUGAUAGAUAGAUAGACAGACAGACAAACUUUUUGUUUUUUUGGUUCUUUUUUUCAGAGCUGGGGACCGAACCCAGGGCCUUGCGCUUCCUAGGCAAGCGCUCUACUACUGAGCUAAAUCCCCAACCCCCAGACAGACAAACUUUAGAAUAUUUGUAUCUAAGCUCCUACUUUCUUAAGUUACACUUAGUAAAGCAGAUGAGUCCGCAGGAGACUUCAGCAAGAAAGAAGUUCCUACCGUCUCAUCCCUUAGUUCUUCAAAGCCAAAGGACACCACAGUUCACAAAUGAGUCACACUGUUUGGCCCAGCGGGCCACCAACCGUGUUACCUAGGAGCACACCUGAGCUGACUGCCACUCUUGCUUGACUUCCCAAGGGCCCCUUUAAAACCCUUUGGCACGAUUUAACAUUCAGUAAGGGAUGUACAGCUCCCUCC